AUGGACCAACCACCGACGCCCAAGAGCUCGAGGCGUUCACCACCGGUUAUUGAAGUCCCGUUGCGUAGCAACAUGAGUACAGAAGAAGUUCCAUCAUUGCCUUCGUCUGCCACGGCUUCUAGUGCCGAUACACUCAUCGAGUUACCCUUUGUCACACCCAGUUGUUCGUUAGCGUUACAGUCCAAGCGCGUGUGGCACGUGCGCAACGCACUCGUGGCGUCCAAGCUAGCAACGUGCAGUAUUGAGAUACUUGCACAGACUGUACACACUUACGCAGCUACGAACGGCUUAUCAAUUGUGGAAAAAGACGAUCUAAUCCAAUUAGUUAGAUCAUUGCCCGAACUUCGUACAGGCGAAACGUUUAAGCCCAUAGAGGAGACACUCGAGCGGAUAUUUCGAUCGUUCGAGGCCACAAAUCGCACAGACAUCUAUCAACUCUCUACAGGUUGUUUGGUGUUACUUCCUGGUGAAGUGAAGCGCAAAUUGGAGAUUGCGAUCCAAUUUAGUCUCUGUGGCUGUGGAGUAGACGAAUCAACUCCUGUUACAUUGUCGAUUGUACGGACAGCAUUGGGCUCUCUGUUGCUCUCGAUAUCUGCUAUAUUUGAUCUAGCAACGGCCACAGAUCAUCAGUUGCAAUCUACAGCGUCUAUUGUCACAACGUGUGUCGACGAGACGGUGGCGCGCAUGUUUGCCGCGAAAUCACUGACAAAAGACAGUACUGCGUCAUUUGAAGAACAUAUCUGGCCGUGGAUUGAAGCUAACAGUAGCAUCAACAAAGCCGUACCAUGGUGUAAAUUGCUGGACUCGAAGAAAUGGCCUGGUUCAAAGCGAUUGACAUUCUCAUCGCCCCAAGGAUCUCCUGGGAAGUGGGGGAUUUCGGACAGUCCAGUUGCAAGUGAACGAGAUGAGGGUAAUGUCACCGAUGAAAAUGACUUAGCUGAAUUGAUCUUUCGAUUCUCUAGUGUAGAUGGUGGUGUCUUGACCAUCGGCGAACAACAAGCGAUAGAUCUGUACGAUCUGCUAGUCCAAUCGGCUUUUGCGCGUGUAAACCCGCAGGCUAUGUACGACACGUUCGUACAACAUACCGGCGAUGGUUUACUGGAAGAAGAGACAUUUCUUGAGGCCAUUGAAGAGUUAUUGAGUAUGACCGAUAGGAUACACUUGAUGGAAAACAAUUUUUUCCUAGAAAAAAUGCUUGCUAUUUUCCGAUCUUUUUUACCUGAAAAGUGUCCAACCGUUGACGCAUUUGAAAUCGCGGCAGGAUUUAGUCUCUUGUCCUGGGGAUCUAAGAGUGACAAGCUCGCGUCGGCUUUUCACUACUUUGACGCCGAUAGUAAAGGAUACUUGAAUCGCCAGCAACUGUGGCGGUUUUUGCGAUCGAUUUUGAUUACAUUGUUGCACUUGUCACCUCCAAAUGAAGAUGUAGUACAUCGAUAUGGUUCGUUGGCAGAGCUUGUGGAUAAAGGUGAAGAGGAAAUUUUGGAAGCUAUCAUGGAAGGGCUUCCGGAUGACUCGGAGUAUUUCGAAGGUGAAGAGGAGGACGCUGAGUAUGGUGAGGAAGGCGUUGAGGAGAUUGAUGGUGAUCGAGCGCGUACAAAUUCAGACUUGCGGUUGGGUCUUUACACGUUUGAGGACUUUGGUGUGUGGUACAAUGGUGGAGGAUUCAAAGACAUGAGCUGGUUGGAGCUGCUAGACCUGCGCAAGUGGGUCUUUGUAUCUCCUACUUUUGAUCUGGAAGCUCUUGAUACCCGAUCUGUGGAUCCCGUCGUGGCGAGCAACAACUACUACACGGCGAAUAACAUUCGAGUCGAUGUAGAUGCAGCUGAACCGCAAGACGGAGUUCUAGGAGGAAAAAAUGCUUACUUCAGAUUUGCCGAUGGUAUUGAUGAGGAGGAUAAUGAGGACGAAGCGGCAUCGGUUAGUGGACACCCACCGCCGUUGUCAACGUCCAUAGAGUCAUCUCCGACAGCUGUACGGUCGUAUAAUAGCAGCAUUCCUGCGACGCUACCUGCAAUUUGCUUGAAGAAUGAGAUUGUGCUCGAGUUCGAUUUGCCUUUUGAUGCCAAUGAUGACGCAAUUACUGAGCUACCGAUCACUACGUUAAGCUAUGAUAACGGGGAUUUGAUCCAGUAUUUUGAACUUCAGCGGGUCAUUAAACUCAAUCAAGUGCAAUUGCACCGUGUGUAUGAUGUUUUUGGGCCGUUCAUGGACGAUGCAACAUGUUCGUGUAUUGAAAAGAGCACUUUUGACUCGUGCGUGGGCAGACUGUUACCAGUUAACGUUGCACCAAGCGUCGCUGCUGCAUUUGGUGCGAGUUCCAAUACACGCAUUCCACCUCGAAGCGUCGGACGAGGAAAAGAUCCGAAAAUGGUGGCAGAUACGCUCAGCCGGCUAUUUUUUGCUUUUAAUCGUGGUGGAACGGGCAAAAUUGAUCUUGUCGAAUUCGUAUCAGCUUUUACUAUUUUUUGUGCGGGCUCCAAAAGCGAAAAAUUGGCUUUUGCUUAUAGACUCUUUGAUUCAGAUGGGGAUGGCUGCCUCACCCGUCGAGAAAUGUGGAAGUAUCUACGAUGUUUUCUAACGAUGCUAUUAGCUUUAGGAAAUGGCUCGGAACUAUCUGCAGAAGCGAUUGCGAGUGUGGCCGAUACGACUGCAAUUGAGAUUGCAGAUUGCAUUUUCAAAGACACAGACAAGACGUUUAGCACAAAAGAAGCGCUAUUUUCUUUGCGAGAAAGUGGCCAACGUCGCAGUCUCGAUAUCUCGACUUCUAACGAUGCAGCAUCUUUAAGGAGCACUACACACCGCCAUCAUAGCAGACGAUAUGAACAUCGUGGGUCAUUACCAGACGAUGGAGAUCUUCAACUUGUCGGUGCUGCGUCGCAAGCGGCUGGCGCUGGUGCUGGGAGCGCAUUUAUUCGUGGGGGCGUGGUUUCUUUUGAAGAGUUCGCGACUUGGUACUCGCAACACGGUUACACGAUCAUCGCUUGGAUUGAGCUAUUGGACGCAAAGAAGUGGCCUGAAGUGCCUCGAUCAGUGUCAGAAGCGAUUCUUCGCUACAUCAGCCGUCAGCAACACGCGUUGGAGAAUGCGACUCAGAUGGGCAAUGAUGACAUUGGCUCGGGUUCGUCGAAUGAUACAGUAUCGUCCAACGAAACCUUGCGAACAAACGACCGCUAUGCUGUUGAAGCUGGUAUGGACGCUGUCAGCGGUAUCGCCAAUCUCAUUUCUUCCCCGACGUCUUCGGCUGGAGCGAAAGAUCUUUCCUCGGUGGCAUUGCAGUUCAAACUUACAAGCUAUGACAAUACGAUCUUGCGCAUUCGCUUGAAAGACGUUGCGAUUGUGUACACAAUCUCGGAACGCAUGAACUUAAGCCAAAUGACUUGUGGUGAGCUUGUGCACUUGUUGAAGAAACAAGCUCAUAACCGGUCGCUCACGAAGCCUGGAUAUUUGCGGGUCAUGCGUGACCUGGUGCCGCGAGACGAGCUGUCAAAAGAGGAUCAAGAAUUUUUAUCGUUCCAUUUGUUGCGUAUAUUUACCCUUUUUGAGAGCGAACGGUUACUACAGAAUAACGAAGCGAAUGAUGACGAGGGCCAACUGAAUGGAUCUUUUGUCAAUGGGGUGGGAAUGAGCACGAUAUCAGUGGAAAUGGUGCAACUGGUCGCUGGAAUGUGUGUCUUUUGUGGCACGACAAAGAGCGCCAAACUAAGCGUAUUGUUUAAACUCUUUGCUUCACACGGAGAUGGGCAUGUCUCGCGUCGUCGAAUCUUUGAAAUGUUGAGGUCAAUCCUCGUUGUUCUGUUUGCAUUUUCAAGCCACAAUACGACAAACGGAAAUCUUAACGAUACAAAGUCUGUGAUCACGAGGAGCACAACUUCAAUCGCGGGGCGUGCUGCAGGUGCUGUUGUUUCCAAGCUCUUCUGUGAGGCUACGUGUAAGCGUCCGGACUCAAUUAGCCUCGCAGAGUUUGCGGCAUGGUAUGCAGCAGGUGGUUACAUGGACUGUCCCUGGCUUGAGCUGUUAGAUCUAUCAAAGUGGCCAGCAAAAGAAGCCUUCGAGGCGAGCAAACGUGAGAAACCGUUGAUCUAUGCUUUUGACAUGCUUGAAGAAGGCAGUAUUCUGCACUUUACCGAAAGUGAUAUCUCGACGUAUCUGUUCAUGUUACGCUCGACUAAACUCGGGGAGUUGGGUGUGAACAAAGUGUACGAUGCUUUACUGGCAUACGCCACCCCAUCAGCUGAGGAGGCGCUGAAGAUGUCGAAGGCCGUGGGAACUCAAAGCCGUAGAGGACAAAUGUAUUCUUACGCUGCAGUCGAAGAAGAUGAAGGCGCGUACUUGGUGCUGACACGCACAAACUUUUACGAAUGUGUGCGUAGUCUGGUUUCAAAACAUGGUAUGACCGAGAAAGCGCAGCAGACAUCGUCAAAGCUACUUUCUCGACUAUUCAACGUCUAUGAUCGCAAACGUUGUGGUCGAGUGAAUGCCUUGGAGUUGGCAUGCGGUCUUAGUAUCCUGGGGAGAGGUUCUAAAAGCCAAAAACUUUCGUUGGCUUUUGACUUUAUCACAAAGAUGCGCCAGCAGCGACACAAGACUCUUGCGAGUUAUGCACCCCCUCCAUCGAGUACGACCACAGGAUUAGGUUUUGAAGCACAAGGAACGGGAACGACUGGCUUUACUUUUAGUUUUGGAGGCCCAGCAAAUGGUCGCUUUGCUACGGGUGGAGCAAAUGGAUUUGGAUUACCGAGUACACGUGGCUUUGGUUCAACUGCACAAGGAAUGCGAGGUGGCUUGAAUCGUCAUGUAUCACCAUUAUCAGUCUCAGAAAUCAAUGCACUCCCUCACUCCGUGCUGUUUAUUUAUCUGCGCUCAUUUUUACUUGCACUAAUGGCCUUGAGUGAUGGCACGUACCGUCUUGGCUUGGAAAAGAUUUAUGUUGAGGCGGACGACUUUAUUGAGGAAGCUAUGGGUGAUCUCAUGACUGACGUUUCGGCGAACGGAGGGACAAAUAUUACGUCCACGAAUGGUCUUGCGGGUUAUGGAAGUACACGUUCCCGUGCACAUGUAACUUUUGAGCAGUUCGGCGAAUGGUACAAUACAGGGGGUUACCAGCUGAUCUCAUGGGUGGAACUGCUUGAUGUCAGUAAGUGGCAACAGCAGCAAGAUUUUCAAGAGCAGACGAUUGCCUUGUCGACAGGCACUCCUGGUUCAAAAUACCAGAGUAAACGUACUGCUCCUGUUAUGGGCUCGCAGAACCGUGGGCCAAUUUCGACUCCAGUGCCGAUGCCAGUGGAACCGAUGCAGCCAAUACAACAGACCGCGAAGCCCGUGACCCGCCGACGGCAAGUACGGCAAAGCGACAUCAUAUCAACUCCUUUCGUUCGUGGUCUCCCUACUGCCGCCCUUGAUUCAAAAUCCGAUCCUCGUGUGUCAUCGAGCGCUGCCAGUCUAUCUACAGAUGGUCCAGUGAUGGUGUUUGCAGUAGCUCAAGAUGCAGCUGAGUUGCAGUUUUUUAAUGAAGACAUUUCAUCAUUAAAAAUGUUCCUUCGACAGACGCAAUUAUACUCGGUAACGCCUUGGAAGCUGCAAGGUGCUGUCUUGGAAGCACUCGAGUUUCCAGCUGCUAACAGUAUGGGUAUCAUGCUGACACGACGCAGUACGUUCAUACGUGCACUACAGAAAGUUUGCGCGACGUUGCCCGUGAUCGCACCAUCUAAUGGAUCGAAAGAUCCAAUUAGAUCUCUAAGUGACGAGGGAUUGGAGAUGCUACAACGUCUUAUGGGUGUCUUUGUGUAUGAAUCUGCGUCAGACGAUGAAGAUGAAUUCAUUGCAUUGGAUGGAGACGAAGACGACGAGGAAGAGUCGAUCGACGUGGGUUCUGCGAUCUGCGGCAUGCUAGUGAUAUGUGAGGGCACGAUGCUAGAAAAACUCAAGUGCUGCGCAGCGUUGCUGUCCGAUGAAAAUAGCGAGAGCGCCACAAAGGGCGAGGGAGAAGGUGAAAAGAAAAAUGCUGGCCCAUUAGUUAAAUUGGAGACCAUCAAGUCAAGUCUUGCAUGCUUUUUAAUGGCGUUUUACGGCAUGAGCAGCUCAUUGAGUGCCGAAGUGGCUCGAUACUCAGCUGAACUCGGUGCUGAUGCAGUAGUGCAAUCGUUUCUCGAACCAUCGACUGAAGGUGUUGAUUUGAAAGAUCAAGAUUCUCAUGAGGGGGUCUCUCUUCAAGUGUUUACCGACUGGUUCAGUAGCGCCGGAUACCCGACGCAUCCAUGGCUCGAACUUGCUGUUCUUAAUCACUGGCCAGCAGCUAUUAACGUUUGUGGAAGUAAUGGAAUCACGGAUGACUGUGAUGAGCAAGAUUGA